UAGGUGGGUCUACGAUCGGUGAGGGCAAGCUGAGGGGAAAGCUGUGGAAUGUCGGACGGCUGGGGCGGUUCGCUUCAGUGGUGACGAGCUGAGUGGAAGCGGGUCGGAGAAGGCGGCCGUAGACGGAGUCCUGUUUGAAGCUGGUCCACCAUGCCAUUAAUAACAAGAAAUAUUGAGCCAAGGCACCUGUGCCGCCAGCAAUUGCCCAAUGUUCGGAAUGAGCUGGAAUGUGCGACCAACAUCACCCUGGCAAAUGUCAUUCGACAGCUGGGCAGCUUGAGUAAGUUUGCAGAGGACAUAUUCGGAGAGCUAUAUACACAAGCAAACACGUUUGGCUUUCGAGUGAGCUCUUUAGCUGAGAGAGUUGAUCGCCUUCAGGUGAAAGUUACUCAGUUGGAUCCCAAAGAGGAAGAAGUGUCCUUGCAAGGUAUUAACACCAGGAAAGCCUUCAAGAGCUCCACAACUCAGGACCAAAAGCUCUUUGAGAGAGACUCUGCCCCGGUGCCUGUCCUUGAAACAUACAGCACUUGUAACAAACCCCCACCUCUUAACAUUCUGUCCUCAUACAGGGAUGAUGGCAAGGAAGCACUUAAAUUCUACACAGAUCCAUCAUAUUUCUUUGAUCUUUGGAAGGAGAAAAUGGUGCGGGAUACCAAGGAUAUGAAAGAGAAGCGGAAGCAUAGGAAAGAAAAGAAGGAUAAUCCUAACAGAGGAAAUGUGAAUCCUCGGAAGAUAAAAAGCCGGAAAGAAGAAUGGGAAAAAAUGAAAAUGGGUCAAGAGUUUGUCGAUUCAAGGAAAAAACAUGGACCAGGAGGGUACCCUCCUAAUAUGGUGUAUCAGAAUGGUAGCAUUGGCUCCAAUGAGAGCGUUGAUGCCACCUUCUACCCACCUCCUCCACAGCCGGAUUCAAUUUCAUCAUCACCUCCUUCAUUUGCAGAUGAUAGUCUUCCGCCACCACCAGCAGAAUUUAGCUAUCCACCACACAGCCCAAGUGUUUCUGGAGGGCUGAAGAAAUCCAUCCUGGUCAGUCCCAGCCAUCCUCCACCAGCUCCUCCCAUUGGCUCACCACCGGGAAACAGGCCUGGCUUUGCACCACCUCCUGCUCCACCCCCUCCACCACCAAUGAUGGGAGUUCCUCCACCCCCUUCAGUUGCUGGCUUUCCAACUGCUGGCAUCCCUCCUCCGCCAUCUCCACCCUCCUUCCCACCUCAUCCUGAUUUUGCUGCCCCUCCACCCCCUCCCCCUCCAGCAACGGAAUAUGCAGCGGUGCCAUCUCCCCUGCUACCACAGCCCCUAAGUGGGGUGCCACCCCCUCCCCCUCCUCCCCCUGGCCCACCUCCUUCGUCUUUCAGUGGCAUGGAUAUUCCAGGGGCUUCUAUUCCACAGCCAGAUUUGGUGCCCUCCAAGUCAAAAUCCUCAUUGCCUGCUGUUAGCGAAGCCAGGAGUGACUUGCUUUCUGCCAUUCGUCAAGGGUUCCAGCUCCGCAAAGUGGAAGAACAGCGUGAACAAGAGAAGCGAGAUGUUGUGGGCAACGAUGUGGCGACUAUACUCUCACGCCGCAUUGCGGUGGAAUACAGCGAUUCGGAGGACGAUUCGUCGGAGUUUGACGAAGACGAGUGGUCAGAUUAGGCCCCUGCGCAUCCCCCAUAUGGGGACGGGGGGGGGAUACGGCGGAGAGAAACAGCCACCGCUUCCCAGAAUGCCAAACUUCUUCUUGCUUUCCUCUUUCAUCCAGUAACCAAAGAUCAAUUUUCCAGGCUUCCAAAUAACUGCUCCCCCCUCCCCCCAGCUGAUGGGACUUAUACGUCCCUCCAAGAAAGAAGGAAAAUGAACCCUAGAUUGCCAGAUUCUCGGGUUACUAUGAAAAAAUACAUAUUGUUAAAUAUUUUCUUUGGUUUAGGGCUAAAUUUACAGCUCCUGGUACAAUCAGGAAGUGUUGCUUAAGAUGACAGGCCUAUUGGAAGAGCAACAGACUUGCGAGUAAUACUCAUUUCCUUUGCAGCAGCCUGUGAGGCAUUGGAAACACUCUGUACUAAGCUGGUGAUUCUCUUCCUUAUCCAUCAGAUAGAGUAUAAUGUUAAAUUUCUGCUCCCACCAGCCCUAACAAUGGUUUCUUUGUGCUAAAUCUGGACUUCAUUGGUUUAGGUUGAAGUUACUAGGUACACCAACAGUUAGGAUCUUCUAAAAAUGUAUCUUUCCCCCAAAGGCCUGUUAAAUGCUAGAAUGAGUCAGGGAACAGGGAUCCUUUCUGCUUGACCCGUAGUACCAGCUAGUUUUCAUGAUGAUGAUGAUGAUGAUGAUGAUGAUGAUGAUGGAAUUUGGUAUGCAAAAUUAGGAAGAAUUUCCCUCCAUGUGCCUUGAACACAGAGCUUUAAGCACUGGAUGUGGCCUUGCUCUGCAGUAAAAAACUUGCAGAUUCUCAGUUCAUUAGAAUGCCAUAUAGGAAUCAAAUUUGCUAUAAGUGCUUUUUAAAAAAAACAAAACAAUAAAACACAUUAUGCUAAAA